UUUUCUUUGCUAACAACGAUAUGUGUGAUCAGCAUCGUUGUUGCAGAUGUAACUGACAUCAGCAAUUUCUGGCAAUAACUUACAAUGCAGUGUGCAGAACUUAAUGUGACUGUUGGAUUAGCCGAGAGUCGCGAUGGGGGUCCUCCGGGAAGACAUGGCCCAAUGUCGUGACUACGGGUCCCCAACGCGAAUAUCAGCACCUGUUGGCUUAGUUGAACAGCCACAUUUUUAAGGCGAUCUGGUUUGGGAGGACUUCCUGAAAUUGUGGCAGACGACAGUUUGAUCUGAAUCUCUUGAAAUGACCUUGGAUUCUCUUACAUCUUCAAAAAUGGAUGUAAUUAGAUAUAGCUGACAACAGUUUGAUCUGAAUCUCAUAACAGUUUCUCCUGAAGUUGUCCUAGAGCAUUUACAGUGUGGUUACUGAAUAGGAGCUUGGAUUCUCUUACAUCUUCAAAAAUGGCCGUAAUUAGAUGUGGCAGACGACAGUUUGAUCUGAAUCUCAUAACAGUUGAACCAGUUUUGUUUCUUUACAUGAUCGGAUCCUUUCUGACAUACCCAACCUUCCAGGCCUUUGUGUACAAGAAGGUCUGUAAUGACAGAUACAACCAGACUUUCUGUACCAGCAUGCGCAACGGGACUUUCCAAGAGGAGCACAAAACAGAAGAGGAUUAUGUCCAAUCUCAGGCCUCCUACUGGAUUUUAAAGAACACUGUUGUGGAUCUUGUUCCAUCAUGUUUGACAGUUCUGUUUCUGUAUGGAUCCUGGGGUGACAAAGUGGGUCGGAAGCUGCCUGUUAUUAUUCCCUGUCUGGGAGCAGCAUUGUCUUCCAUUGUCUACUUACUCCUGUCCAUUUACCCUUCAAGUAAACUGGAGUAUCUUUUGAUUGGUGCGUUAGUAAAGGGCUUGUCCGGAGGUUUCCCUACCCUGCUGAUGUCCGUAUACAGCUACGUGAGCCACAUUGCUGAUCCCAGUAAUAAGACUAUGCGAAUAGGGAUCCUGGAGUCCAUGACAUUCUUUGCUGGAACAGUUGGAGUCUUCAUAUCCGGCGUCAUGCUGGACAAUACAAGCUACAUGUUUGUCUUCGCCUUCAUAAGUGUCAGCUUCUUCUUAGGAAUGGUAUAUGCCAUCAUACGUCUAGAGAACAUCACUGCCAACACAAGGAGACGUGAAGGUGAAGGUGUCUGCAUGUACUGGUGUUUGACAUCCGUUUUAGAAUCUGGCCGUUGUGUGAUGAAGAAGAGGGAAGAGAAGAAAAACCUCUAUAUCUUCUUAGCACUCAUCAUCUUCAUCAUCAUUGUUAUGGGAACAUCAUGUGAAAUUGACGUCCUUCUCCUGUACACACGGCGACCACCACUCAGCUGGUCUCAGACAACAUUUGGUUACUUUAAGGGCCUGGAGAACUUCACUCGCAGUUUAACCCUGGUCACAGUUCUGCCUCUGUGUAGGAAGAUGAGGGACACCACUGUGGGACUAUGGGGCUUGGCGUCCAAGAUCAUCGGCCUUGUGGUCCUUGGGUUGAGCACAAAGACAUGGCUCACAUUUUUAGUGGUAAUAUUCGCCAUGUUUCAAGGCUUUCCAGCAACUGUUGUUCGGUCACUCAUGUCCAGUAUGGUCAGCCAAGGAGAACAGGGACGACUGUUUGGGCUGGUGGCUGCCGUGGAGAGCAUUGCAAGCUUGUUGGCAUCUCUCCUCUUCAAUCAGCUCUACCCAUUAUCUCUUGGUUUCUUCCCAGGCUUUUGUUUCCUGCUAGCCGCUGGUCUGUUUGUCAUUGCUGUAGCCCUUAUGCUAUGGCUUCAUCUUGAUUCACAAAGACUAGCAGGCUACAAAACUCUACAAGAAGAUCAGACGGACACAGACAGUCCAGAGAGUGACAGAUAUGUCAUAGUUGGGGAGGAGGAAGUAAAGGCAAACCACGUGACAGGAGGGCCUGAUCAGAUCUAGGAGGUCAACGUGGCGAUAUGCUGUGUGAGAAAAACAUUCCUUACCCAGACACUUCCACACGUUAAUCACUGAAGAGAAUACUCGAUUUGUCCGUUGUGAUCUACACCAAAAGUAUCAGAUUGUGCUCUUUCUAUCGACCACUUUUUUUUAAAGUUCCUGACUAAAUAUGUUGAGGCUUUUUUUUUAGGUCUGCGUGCAUGUGUGUGUGUUAGUGUGUCACUGUCAGUGUGUGCAGUAAUCUCUGAGUUCGUUUCCUCACAGUAGAGCAUUGGUUUACAUUGGGUUCAAUUUACCAGAUAAGUACAGUGACCUGGUUCAGUGUAUGGUUAAAGUGGCCUUGGUUUUAGCAUGGGUACUGCUACAGCCGAAAUAAUGCCUACUUAUACUCUGUAAAAAGAGGCGGUCGAGUAGCCAAGUGGUUAAAGAGUUCGCUCAGCAUGCCGAAGGCUCGAGUUCAAUUCCCCACAAUGUGUGAAGCCCAUUCUGAUGUCCCCUGCCGUGAUACUGCUGGAAUAUUGCUAAAAGCGGCAUAAAACUAAACUCACUAACUCACUGAAAAAAGAGAAAUUGGUUUUCACUUGUUUACUUUGUUCAAAUUUGGCUCACUUACCGCAGCUCAUCAUGGGCACACAUGAACCAAUUGAAUGUCAAGGUGAAGGUCAUCUGUU